GUUUGAACUCUCGUAGCCGCUAAAACCCUCCUGCUUCUAGCCUAGAGUCACCUCUAAGGCUCUAACACACACAAUGCCGCCGGUUAGCUGCCUCUCCUCCGCCGUACUCCUCCGCCGCUUCUCCCGCCGCUCCCAUUUUUCCCACCACCGCCGCCGCCUUCUCCACUCGGCUAUAGAGUACCCCCUCACGCACCCAAUCUACACAAUCUGGGCCGCCAACACCUCCCUCGGCAAAACCCUAGUCUCAGCCGGCCUCUCCAUGUCCUUCCUCUCCUCCUCCUCCUCCUCGGCGGCGCCGCCGCCUACUAAGAAGAGAUUUCUGUAUCUCAAGCCAGUUCAGACCGGGUUUCCUGCCGACUCGGACUCUGGCUUUGUUUACAGGAAAUUCUCCCAGUUUUUCGCUCUCAAGCCGCUGCCCUUCUCCGUCUACGCAUCGAAUUGUGUUCUGAAAGCCUCUGUUCCAGCUGCAAACCAAAUCUUAGGCAGUAGCAGCUCGGGCGGCUCGAGGAGCGAUGAUUUCGGGAGUUAUUUUGUUGGAAAACGCGAUGGGUUACAGAAUGUGCAAUGGUAUGAAGAGAGGAAGUUGCAGGGGAGUGAAAGUAACGGUGAAGCUGAGCUGUUUCCGGUGUCUGAGGUUGUUUGCAAGACUAUGUAUGGGUGGAAAGAGGCCGUCUCGCCUCAUUUAGCUGCUGAGAAAGAAGAUGCCAUGGUCGAGGACUCAGAGGUCUUAGAUAUGCUUAAGAGAUGCUUAGAAAAUGGCCUAGAUGGUGCUCGAGAAAACGUGGAUAUUAUGUGUGUGAUCGAGACUGCAGGCGGAAUAGCCAGUCCUGGGCCAUCCGGGUCUCUUCAGUGUGACUUAUAUCGCCCUUUCCGCCUGCCAGCUAUUCUUGUGGGGGAUGGAAGAUUAGGUGGUAUUUCUGGAACUAUCUCUGCUUAUGAAAGUCUAAAGCUACGAGGAUAUGACGUUGCUGCUGUUAUUUUUGAGGAUCAUGGUUUAAAAAAUGAGUUGCCACUAUUAUCAUACUUUCGAAAUAGGAUGCCAGUACUCGUGCUUCCGCCUAUUCCAAAAGAUAUAUCUGAUGACCUGAUGUCCUGGUUUAACAAGUCUCAGACAAUUUUCACUUCGCUGCAAGAGAUAAUACUUUCAGCUUUUCAGGAAAGGACCAAGAGAUUGCAUGCUAUGCCGGGAAAGGCAUGUGACGUCUUCUGGUGGCCAUUCACUCAGCACAAGCUCAUACCUGAAGAAAAGGUUACUGUUAUAGACUCGCGCUGUGGGGAAAACUUUGCGGUUCACAAGAGCUGCAAUUGGAUUUCUCCACAGUUUGAUGCAUGUGCAAGUUGGUGGACUCAGGGUCCUGAUGCUAACUUGCAGAUUGAACUUGCUAGAGAUAUGGGAUAUACUGCUGCAAGAUAUGGACAUGUAAUGUUCCCGGAGAAUGUAUAUGAGCCAGCCCUUGAAUUAGCUGAACUUCUACUUGCUGGUGUAGGAAAAGGAUGGGCUUCCAGAGUCUACUUCUCUGAUAAUGGAUCUACCGCAGUAGAAAUAGCUCUCAAAAUGGCCUUCCGCAAGUUCUUGUCUGACAAUAACCUUUUGAUUACAAAUGUGGAUGGAAAAUGCAUGGAUCUCAAGGUUCUAGCUCUUAGGGGAUCUUAUCAUGGCGAUACACUGGGUGCCAUGGAGGCCCAGGCCCCUUCACCUUAUACUGGCAUUCUCCAGCAACCCUGGUCACUGUGGUGGUUUCAUGUUAAGACUGAGAAACAUCUCACGAAGUUUGAUUUUGGUAUCACUAUAGAACAUCUUGCAAAAUCUGGUUUGAUUCUUAUAUCGACUCCGAAACUCUACAGGUACAGGGGAAGAGGUCUCUUUCUAGAUCCACCUACAGUUUCCAUACAAAAUGGUUCCUGGAAAGUUUCUCUCCCUGAGAAGAUGCAAUUUGACAAAUUUGAACAUGCAUGCUUGUCUUUCACCUCGCAUGAUGAAAUUUUCAAGAGCAGCCGAAAUGUGGUACAGGGUGCUGGUGGAAUGGAAAUGAUCGAUCCACUGUAUCAGCGCAUACUUGUGAGGGAAUGCAAAAGUCGUAAAAUUCCUGUUAUAUUCGAUGAAGUCUUUACAGGAUUCUGGCGCCUUGGACGAGAGUCCGCAGCAGAAAUACUCAGCUGCCAGCCGGAUAUUGCCUGUUAUGCUAAGCUGAUGACUGGUGGCAUCAUACCCUUGGCUGCUACAUUGGCACCAGAUAAUGUUUUUGAUGCAUUCACUGGAGAUUCUAAGCUAAAGGCUCUUUUGCAUGGGCACUCAUAUUCUGCACAUGCAAUGGGAUGUGCUGCUGGUGUGAAGUCUGUGAAAUGGUUUAAAGACCAUAAGACAAACACAAAUAUAAUACCUGACUCAAGAAUGCUGAAGGAGUUAUGGGACGCAGAGCUAGUGUUCCAGAUCUCAUUACUUCCGGCAGUUAGUAGAGUGGUGGCCCUAGGAACUCUUUGUGCCGUUGAACUUGUAGCUGAAGGCUCUAAUGCUGGGUAUGGUUCGACUUACGCCAGCUCCCUUGUAAAGAAGCUCCGUGAAGAUGGUGUUUACAUGAGGCCACUGGGUAAUGUCAUUUAUGCCAUGUGUGGGCCGUGCACUUCUCCAGACAUCUGUCGUCGUCUUCUGGAGAAAAUUUGUGCCAGAAUUCAGGAGUUCGGUCAACAGGAAAAUGAUAAAUCUGCAGUUUUCACAGCUUGAAAAUGCAAUCCUGUUUUGCAGAACUCGGAGAUUGUUUGAAGAUUGAACCAAGGUCAGAGUUACUCCAAAAGGAGUAAGAUUUCUAGUAUUUGAAAUCUAGCUGAGAUUUUUAUUUAUUAAUUGUUUCAUUAAAGCUACAUUAAUUGAGCUAAUUUGAUUUAUAUUAUACUUUAUGAUUCAGCAAAUUGUAAUUUAACUCAGGAAAUUUUAAGAUUUGGUUAAAAAAGGUCC